GGGAAAGUGCACUGUCUCUUUAAGUGCUGAUCUGGAAAUGGCCACAAAGCUGGUCUUUUAUCGCGGCCAUGGAGAACCCGCAAGCAGAGAGCGAGAAUUUAAGUCCACAUAGGGUUUUUACGGCCGGUCCAGCGGGAACCAGAAACUUUGCAGCAGACAAAAGGCUGGCGUUGGGGACGCUGAGACCAGCUGCGAGCUAAAACGGUCGGCUAACUGAACAGGGCUAACGCUGCAGCAGCUGAGUAGCUGCACUGGACGUUGAGUGGACACGCCACCUCCAAUCAAGUCACUGACAGCCACAGAGAAAAACUGACCCGAUGGAGGACAAGAGGAAAAAGCGGAGUCCCAAAGUGUCGCUCCCUCAGCCACCGCCACCACCGGUCAACCCGCGCAAACUCUCGGUCCUUCCGGCCAGUAAGAGUGCCACCUUCUCUCUGGGUCUUCCGCAGCCACCCUCACCUAAACCCAGGGGCAAAUACAAGAGGUCUGUGGGGACUAUGGGAGCAGCCAAAGAGGUCCUGACCGUACCUGUGGUCCCUCCAAAAGCCACCAGCAGGCCCCACAGAGAGAAGCCCCGAGCUCCCCAGCCGGCCGGCCCCAGCCGCAUGUCACAGUCGUCCUCCCCCCUCCAGCACUCCUUCCUCACUGAUGUGUCUGACGUGAGAGAGAUGGAGGGCGGACUCCUCAACCUGCUCAACGACUUCCACUCUGGAAAGCUGCAGGCCUUUGGUAAGGUGUGUUCAUUUGAGCAGUUGGAGCACGUCAGAGAGAUGCAGGAGAAAUUGGCUCGCCUGCACUUCAGUUUGGACAGCCACGUAGAGGAGCUUUCUGAGGACCAGAGGAAAAGUGCUUCAGACCGGAACCUCGAACAUCUGCUUAGCAAUCUCGAAGAACUUAGCAGCUCCAUACAAAAGUUGCACCUGGCAGAGAAUCAGGACUUGCCCAAGACCUCUGGCCCCUGAAAGGGAACACAGAGUAAACACGGCAGCUGCAUACUGGACUGACGGGAGCUGCUGUUACCAUGGCCACAUCUCAACAGGCUGCGCUAAAACUGCGGCUGCUGUACUGAUCCAGAACCACACGACGAGAACCUGGAACUGCACAGAGCACAACAGCUGAUGAAGUCAACAGGCUUUUUUUCCCCCUCAUGUAUUCCAUGAAACCCUUUGCUUUAGGCUCUUUAUAACAGACCGAGAAUGCUGUAGUAUCCACUUCCACAGUUGGAGAGCUUUAGCUGGACGUCAAUGCAGGUUAGAACAGCAAUGGUCCAGCUUCACAAACAGGUUCUCCACCAUGGGGGGGGGGUUUAUAGACCUGUUCAGGGUUCUAGGCUCGGUUGCAUCAAUAGGUCUAAAUUGUGGAGUUAAUUUUGUGCUAAACAUUUUUUUUUUUUUUUUUUUUUUUAAAUCAUGAAAUCCACAAGCAAAAUAUUUAUUAAUAUUAAGAAAAUAAUGUAAUUUUUCUGAAAAUAUUCGAUCCAUGCUCAUUUUGAAGCUGCAUUACGUAAGAGUUUUUGUUAAACCCCCAACAUGAUGAAUAGCAUCAUACCAGUGCGGUAUUGUACUGGCAUGUUUGGAUUUUAAGCAGUUUUCCGUGUUUCAUUCACAUUGUAGAAAAACAAGGACUAAGCAGUAAAGAGACCGAAUAUGUUUUAUAAAAAAUAAGAUUUGAUUCCCAUUUGUAUUUUUUUGACAAAAUUAACUCCAUACUUAGCUGCCUAACACUACAUUGUACACUCACUUUAAAAAGAUUGUUCUUCAAGCGUUCUUUAGUAAAGAAAAUGGUUCUGUACAGAACCAUGAACACUCAAAGAACUCUCUCCAUGACUAAAAGGUUCUUUCCAUCACGAAAGAGUUCCUCAGGUUGAUGGAAAGUGUGCACGAAUGUGCUGUAGACGGUUCUACAUAGAACCUUUUUGAAAAGGGCUGUAUAUAACACCUAAAGAGUUCUUGACAUCAUGACAAUAGGAACCCUUUUGGGUGCUAAAUAGAACCAAUUUCAAAAAGAUUCCAUAUACAACCAUCUACGCCACGUUCUCCAUCAGUCUGAGGAACCCUUUCAUGAUGCAAGGAACACUUUAAUCAAGCAGAGGGUUCUUUGAGUGUUUGUGGUUCUGGAUAGAGCCAUUUACUAAAGGACCCUUGAAGAACCAUCUUUUUGAAGAGUGUAGCUAAGACUCAUUGUAAAGACUAGCCUUGGUGUCAAAACUUCAGUAAGAGUUGCUAAGCAGCCUGCGUUACUUAGCAGAAAUGCUAGCUUCUACAUGCUACCAUGCUACCUACUACUGGCUAGUCCAACUUGCUAAUUCAUGCUGCUUUGGAACUUAAAAAAAACACAGAGUGAUAAAUACUUCAUGAUUUAAUUGUAUUAUGUAGUCUGCAUGUAGCCACACUGACGGCUAAACACAACAGCGUAGUAACGUUACCGAUGACUUGGCAUUCAACCAAGCUUUGGCCUUGUUGGUGCAGUCGGCCCCAGGGGUCCUUAUAUACACUCACCGGCCACUUUAUUAGGUACACUUGUUCAGUUGCUUGUUAAUACAAAUAGCUAAUCAGCCAAUCACACGGCUGCAUCUCAAUGCAUUCAGGCAUGUAGAGGUGGUCAA